AUAAUCAGUCAUCUUUAUUCUAAAAAUAUUGAUGAAGCUGCCUUCAAGUUUAAUUUAGAGAAACCACCAGAUAAUUAUUAUAAUCAAGAUAUAUUAAAUAAUUAUAUAAAAUUUUACCAAGAAGAUUAUCUUAAAAGAAAGGAAUCAAAGA